AAUGAAAGGGAGAGAGAGGCACGUGCGAACUUUACCGGGAAAUCACACGUGUGGAAAUUACGGCGAGUGCCGACGUGUCCCGGUGGUAUAAUGUACAUUGGCAAAAAUGAGGAGUAAUUGGAUAUUUUAGCUUCAAGUAACUGCUAACUCGACAUAGCGCAGGACAAUGUCUUGGCUCUUGAAAUCCCUUCGGAUCGACGACGACGACGACGCUGAUUCCUCAUCGCAGUGCCCGUCCCCUGAGCCCUCAUCGCCGGACGACGCCUCCGCAGCUCGCGGCGGCGUCAAGGACGAGUUCUCCGUCCUCGGUCAAACAAUCGGCCGGCAAUUGCGAGGUGUGGCAGCCUUUCUGGCCCCGCCGCCUUCACCGCCAACUUCUCCUUCUAUCACGUCUACAGGUACGGAAGACGUCGGGCAGCCACCGCCUGAUUCGUCGCGUUCGUCGCAGGCGCUUAUCGGGAUCCGUAACGAUCUCGUGGAAAUUGGCGGAAGCUUCAAGAGCGGGCUUUCUCUCUUGUCCGGUAACAAAGCGGUUAGUGGGAUCUCAAAAUUUGCCACCAGUUUGUUUCCCUUUCAAAAUCAAGAGGAGGAGGAGGAGGAGGAGGAGGAGGAGGAUGAAGAAGAAGAAGAGGAUGAUUUCGACAAUGGUGAAUUUGAUGAAGUCCCUGGGAUUACGGAAGAGGUUCUUGAUUUUGUCAAAGAAAUCUCAAUUAGGCCCGAGUGCUGGACUGAUUUCCCUUUCCCAGUCGAUAAUGGUAAUGUCUCUGUUCUAAUUUGGCAUUAGUUAGUGUUAUUCGAAGUUAAUUGCGUGAAGGUUAAAAAAGAAAUGAGGAUUGGUUGAUUAGCAGGAUAAUCUAAGCUCUCUUAGUUACUUGAACUAAGCAUUGUCGAUUAUAGCAUGCAAAAGUUUACUGUAUAGAAUGAUGGAGGCAUUUAUGGUAUAACUUAGUAUUCAAAAGCUGAUUGAAAUGUAUAAUUGAUUAAAAUUAGAAAUUGCGGAAUGUUGUUGGCUGAAACCUGACUGCCCGUGAGCUAAGAAACUUUCAUGGAUUAUUUUUUGAACGUUUUCAUGGAUUCACAAAAGCAAAAAUUGCCGCCAAUGGUGGUUUGAAGUUCCUGAAGUGUGAGUAAUGCUUCAAGGACAUUCUUUUUUCUCUUUAUGGCAUCAAGGGACACUUUGAUUUGGGCAUAACUGUGUUUAAUGGUAUCUGCUCAGUCUGGGUAGCAGAUGGAGUUUUUGUUAGUUCGCUUGAAUCAUCAGAUCAUGCACAUAUGGAAAUGUUCAAAUUUUGGCUUGUGAUGCUUUUUCUGCUAGGAAAUUCAGAUUAUUGGCUUGGACACUUUGCAAAAAGGUGAUAGAAGGGUCUUGUUUCUCUAGUGGUUAUCUUUUUCGAUGAUUACAGUGCAGAUUUAAAAGUAAAAAAGCUAUAGAUGAUUACGGGGCCAGCGGGGGAGGUGGAAAGUUGGCCUUUAUGUUUCUUUGUCGUGGUAGCUUCAAGGGUUGAGUAUUUCUUUAGGGCUGGAAAUUCUCUUUAAGUUAGGAUAACUUAUAUGAUUUUUGGCAUACUCUUUAUGGAUUUGUGAUUCUUCUAGGAUGCAUUUUCUUGACCCAUGCGGCAUCUUGUUUGCGUGGAGUGAGUGUCUCGUGGGUGGCUUGGCUUGUAAACAUUAAUAGAGAAGAUGUAAUGAGAAAAACAUUUACUAAGUAGGAGAGAGUUCUAAAAUAUGAAGAUUUUUUCCGUUCUUUUUUUUCUUCCUUUCAAAACAAAUUCCUACAUGACAUUUUGGGGGUUUGCUUUUGGCCCCCCACUUACUUAGGACAUGCUUUUGAAGCUCGUUUUUGCUUCUACUCUUGCAACAUUCUAAAAUUCUGAUUACUCUCUUUGUAAAAUAUUUUAGCAAUAUAUUAUACUGGUUGUGAUUGAAUAUUGGAAGACAAUAAAGCUAAGUGACAGACUAUGCACAAUGAAUGAUGAUAAGAACAAUGGACCAUAAAUAACACUGGUGUUGCUGUGCAGUUAGCCAAGAGGUUAUAUUGGUUCCAAGCCGGGGGAGAACAGGAGAAUAUCCUGGUUAAGAAUGAGGAUAACAAUGUGUUUUGAUGCCAUGUAAAAAAGAGUGGAUUUUUUUAGGGUUGGGGGACAGGAGAGAUGGUGAAAUACUGUCUUUCCCUGUAUGUUGGCAUCUUUUUCCUGUCUGUGCUAAAUAAAACAGUUGGUAGUUAUGACUAUUUGGUGGCACACUAAUUGAAGCGUUAGCCUUCUCUACCUGAAAAAGAUAAGCACCUGUUGUUUUCUCUUUAUGGAAUUUUGGUUCGGAGCUUGGGGGAAAUUGGAGAGCAUCAGAGUUAAGAGUGAAGAUACCUAUGUGUUUUACGCCAUAGUAAAGAACAGUGGAUUUCUUUGGGGGGUUCCCGAGCUUGGGGCAGGGAUUGGCAGGAGAGAAUAUGGUGAAAACACUUGUCUUGCCCUGUGUGUUGGCUAAAUAAAAUAGUUAAUCAUUAUGAUUAUCAAAACUAGUUCAUUAUUAUGAGUUUUCACUCACGUGCAACUUCUUUGGGGAGAACAUGGGAAUUGGUGGACUGUUUGGUGGAGUACUGAUAAAAAAUCUUAGACUUUUGCUCCUGAAGAGGACAAAAAAUCUGUUAUUUUCUCUUUUCUGGAAUUUUGGUCCUUGU